ACUCAGUAUUUUAGUACUUCAGUAAUCAGUCUUACUAGCUAGUGUUCUGAUACUCUGAUUACAAAUCGUGUAGAUCCUACUAAAGUAGUAAAAUGACUUAUUACAAAACUACUACUACAACAUUUCACUAUAAAGUAUAAAUAUUUAUCUGUAAUUGUCAUUGCAAUUUGCAGUUUAAAUGGAUUGCUUUACUGCUGUUGCAACAGAACAGUUAAAAUAUUUAUUGCCAUGAAACCUAUUUGGAAACGUUAUUUUUCAUUAACGUCAAGUUUAGGGAGAAUGGAGAAUCUUAAUUACAAUUCUUUCAAAACCUUUAAUAUGUUUCAAAUAUUACUUAUACCACAGACAUGCAACUUUAUUAGUAUGCAUUUUGAGAAUACUGAGUUGAAUAACAGUUAACAUUGAAAUUUAACUAAAGAAUUAAUUAUGAAGUCCAAGCAAUCAACAGACAACUCUUGGGAUUCAAAAUUACCAAUUCCAAAAUUUCCAGUAUGGUUGUACAUUUUAAUAGUAGCAUUUGUAUCUAUAUUAUGCUAUGGUAACUCGUAUUAUGGUGCAUUUGUAUUUGAUGAUUCUGAGGCAGUUGUAAAUAAUCAUGAUGUGAACCUUGAAACACCCGUUAUUAAAAUUUUUAGCCACGACUUUUGGGGUACGAGACUAACAAACCACGCUAGUCAUAAAUCAUACAGACCGCUUACAAUUUUAUCCUUUAGGUUUAAUGUGUGGUUAAAUAAUGGACAUUUGUGUCCAAAGUCAUUACAUUUCACCAAUAUAAUUUUACAUGCAGUUGUCUCCUGUCAACUAUUACAUGUUUAUAAUUUGUUAUUUAAUGGAAAUGCACCUAAGACUUCAUUUUUAGCUGCUCUCAUGUUUGCAGUGCACCCUGUUCACACAGAAGUAGUGUCUGGUAUAGUUGGUCGUGCUGAUCUACUUAGUGCAUGUUUGUCACUUUUUGUCUUCAUUAUUUAUCAUAGAACAGCAAAAGCGAAACAAAUAAAUACAUUUACCAACAUAAUAGCUACAUUAUUUUGUUGUGUCUUAAGUAUCAUGGCUAUGUUAUGCAAAGAACAAGGACUUAUGAUUAUGACAUUUUGUGGUGUGUAUGAAGUUAUUGUAAUUAACAAAAUCACAUUUCAAAGUAUUAUGAAAAACAUGAAAAUUUCAAAAAUAAUUAGAUUACUUAAAAAAGAAUCAAUAGAAAGGCUGUUUAUAUUAUUUGCUGGGUUUUGUAUUAUUCUUUAUGGUAGAUGGACUAUUAUGGGAUCACCUCCUAUUUUCCAGCAAAUUGAUAAUCCUGCAUCAUUUUUAACAACACCAUUUGAAAGAUUUGUGAAUUACAGUUACAUCUAUUUAAUUAAUAUUUGGAUAAUGAUAUGUCCUGUUUGGCUAUGUUUUGAUUGGUCAAUGGGCUGUAUUUCUCUGAUAUAUUUGAAUGCAUUUCCUAAAGAUCCAAGAUUAUUCAUUGUUUUUGGAUUUUGGACCAUUCUUGUAUUAAUAUUUUAUAAAAUUCUAUUUUCAAAAAACUAUGAUAUAAAACAAAUACAAAUGGGAUUUCUAUUAGGUCUUUUAUCAUUUUUACCUGCUUCAAAUUUAAUGUUUACAGUUGGGUUUGUCAUAGCAGAACGUGUGUUAUACUUGCCUUCUGCUGGUUUUAUUAUAAUUGUAGUCUUGGGUAUCAGGAGAUUAUGUUUAAAUUAUUUUAUUAAAAGAGUAGUUAGAAUGUGCAUUUUACUAUUAAUUGUUGUACAUUCCAUUCGAACAUAUCAACGCAGUAAGGAAUGGAAUACUGAAUUAGCUUUGUUUAAAAGUGCAUUAAAAGUUUGCCCAAUGAAUGCUAAAGUACAUUAUAAUUUAGCAAAAAGUUUAGCCGAUAUUGGACAUAUACAAGAAGCGAUAGACUGUUAUAAACAUGCUCUACUAUUACAUCCUAAGUAUGAUCAAGCGAUGAAUAAUUUAGCAAAUAUUUUAAAAGAUAAAAAUGAAUUGGAAGAAGCCAGAUUUUUAUUAGAAAAAGCUGUUACUAUUAGAAAUGAUUUUGCUGCUGCUUGGAUGAAUUUAGGUAUUGUAUUAUCUGCUCAACAUGAAUAUAAUAAAGCUGAAGAUGCAUACUUAACAGCCAUACAACACAGAAAAAGCUAUCCUCAUUGUUACUUCAACUUGGGAAAUCUAUAUUUGGAAAUGGGAGAGAAGACAAAGGCAUUAUUUGCUUGGCAAAAUGCUACAUUUCAACAACCAACACAUGUAAUUUCAUGGAACAAUAUGAUUGUACUGCUAGAGUCAAUUGGUGAAUUAAAACGAGCAGAGAAUGUAGCUCGUACAGCCCUUACUAUUUUACCAAAUGAACCAAAUUUACAUUUUAAUAUAGCCAACAUAUUAGGUAAAAUAGAUAAAUUUGUGGAAGCUGAAAAACAUUUUUUGGCUGCUAUUAAACUAAAACACCGAACUUCUAAGACUGUAUUAGUUGCAUUAUAUCAUUCAAAUUUGGGAGUUUUGUAUCAUCGUUGGGAAAAAUAUGAUCUUGCAGAAAUGCAUUACUUACAGGCAUUAAUGAUUGAUCCGAAUAUGCAAAAAGUUAAAAAUCAUCUUGCACUACUUCGUAAACAUUUAGGUGAAAUCAAUCAACCCACUCUCAAUAUGAAAUCCCAACGAGAAAAAGAUUUUUAAUGUGUUAAAUGAAAAAGUUUUUGUUUCUUUAAUAUCAUGGUAAUAUAUAAGUAUAAGUUUAUAUUGCUAUCAUGUUUGCAUUAUAACAUUUAUCGAAGGUCAAGUAUUAAUAUCUGUAUAUUAAUAUUAUGAUUAAAAUAUUGGUUUAAUUUACACAAAAUCAAUACAAUUAAAUGUUGGAUGAACAAAAAUGGUUAAUAAACGAUGUAAAACAUUUUUAAUACCACUACUGUGAAAACAUAUGGUUGUGAUUAAUUUAUAACUUAGAUAAUUAGUCAUUUAAUUAAUAAUUAUUUUGAAGUAAUGUCUUACUAUAAUUUUUAUUUGUUUGUACUAUGACAUCAAAACUUUUUUUUAACCAUUCCAAUAAUAUAAUUUUAAGUUUAGAAAUUAAUUGACUUAAAUUUUAUUAGGAUUAAUUAGUUCUAGAAAAUCAGUCAUUAUAUUCUGUUAGUGUUAUAUCUGUGUAAAGUGAGUACAGUAUAAUUUACGAAUGU